AUGUCAAAGCCUUUGCCAGUCAGCUCGCCAUCUUUAAGCCCACAGUUUUGUUUUAAUGAGCGAGUGCUGCGAGACUUCCUCCGUUUGUCACGCACAACCAUUGACGAUUCGAUUACACAAAACCUAAAUGCCUUGUUAAGACCAUCCCGGGAAGGAUUUGACCCAUCAUCGACCGAUGUAAGACAGCUGGACGCAACCGAAAGGCGGAGACUCUCCAGCGAGGCGUGCGGCUCUUUCAAAAAUGACAUCCUGUUUCCCUCAUGGCAAACGAGAUCAGAUGUUCUCAACUAUUGUGCGUCAGUCGCUACAAGUCCGGACCCCGAAGAUCCGGAUAUCAUCGCGCGACAAGUAGAGUCUACGAAAGAACAAGAACGGGUUGUGAAUGACCGUUUGGAUCCGUACUCUAGUCGAUAUUUUCCCCGGGAGGCUCGCACUGAAUCCCUCGCGAAUCUUGUUCGAAAUGAACGAAGUGUGGAACAAAUCAUCCGAACACGAACUUGGGGUGUCGUUGCUGAACGAUGCGACGCUACUGGGUCAUGGGAGGAUGCGCUUGAUCGGUGGCGAGAACAAAAGCAUAUACAAAGACAGACGUCUUAG